AUGCCUUUCGGAAACACCCACAACAAGUUCAAGAUGAGCUACGCGGCGGAGCAGGAGUUCCCCGACCUGAGCCAGCACAACAACCACAUGGCCAAGAUCCUGACGCCGGACAUGUACGCCCAGCUGCGCGACAAGGAGACGCCCAGCGGCUUCACCCUGGACGACGCCAUCCAGACCGGCGUCGACAACCCAGGUCACCCCUUCAUCAUGACGGUGGGCUGCGUGGCCGGAGACGAGGAGACGUACGACGUGUUCAAGGACCUGAUGGACCCCGUGAUCGAGGACCGCCACGGAGGGUACAAACCGUCUGACAAGCACAAGACGGACCUGAACGCAGAGAACCUGCAGGGCGGAGACGACCUGGACCCAAACUACGUGUUGAGCUCUCGGGUUCGGACCGGAAGGAGCAUCCGUGGUUUCUGCCUGCCGCCGCACUGCAGCCGCGGCGAGCGCCGCGCCAUCGAGCAGCUCUCCAUCGAAGCUCUGGACUCUCUGGAAGGAGACCUGAAGGGGAAAUACUACGCCCUGAAGAACAUGACUGAGGAGGAGCAACAGCAGCUGAUCGAUGACCACUUCCUGUUUGACAAGCCCGUUUCUCCUCUGCUGCUGGCGUCUGGGAUGGCGCGCGACUGGCCCGACGCACGCGGCAUCUGGCACAACGACAACAAGACCUUCCUGGUGUGGGUGAACGAGGAGGAUCACCUGCGUGUCAUCAGCAUGCAGAAGGGGGGCAACAUGCGCGAGGUUUUCACACGCUUCUGCACCGGGCUCACCAAAAUCGAAGACUUGUUUAAGAACCGAGGACACGAGUUCAUGUGGAACGAGCACCUGGGCUACGUCCUCACCUGCCCGUCCAACCUGGGGACGGGGCUGCGGGCCGGCGUUCACGUCAAGCUGCCAAACGUCAGCAAGCACGAGAAGUUCGGAGAAAUCCUGAAGAGGCUGCGGCUGCAGAAGCGAGGAACAGGCGGCGUGGACACCGCGGCGGUGGGCGGAGUCUUCGACAUCUCCAACGCGGACCGCCUGGGCUUCUCGGAGGUGGAGCUGGUCCAGAUGGUGGUGGACGGCGUCAGCCUGCUGGUCAACAUGGAGAAGCGCCUGGAGGCCGGCGAGGCCAUCGGCGACUUGAUGCCAGAACAGAAGUGAACUGUCUUCACUGUAACCCGACACCUCCUCCCUCCUCUUCCUCACUGCCCCCCAGCUCACCCCCGUCCUCCUCUUCCUCACUGUAACCAGUCCGUCCUGACGCUGCGGGACGCGUAGAGCCGCUCGGUUAGACUGCCGUCUUCCAACAUGUGAAGGAUUUUCUAUUUCCUGAUCUGCACCUGUUGGAUCCACCUAACAUCUGAAAUAUCUAAUAAAGUCUCUGUGGCCCAGA